ACUGACGGGAGGUAAAAUGGGGGCUGUAACAGCCAGGCGCUGCGUCGAGUGGCUGCUGGGCCUCUACUUCGUCUCGCACAUCCCCAUCACGAUGUUCAUCGACCUGCAGGCGUUGCUGCCGCCCGAACUCUACCCGCAGGAGUUCAGCAACCUGUUGCGGUGGUACUCUAAGGAGUUCAAAGACCCUCUGAUGCAGGAGCCCCCUGUGUGGUUCAAGUCCUUCCUGUUUUGUGAGCUUGUGUUCCAGCUGCCUUUCUUUCCCAUUGCAGCAUAUGCCUUCUUCAAAGGAAGCUGCCGAUGGAUCCGAAUCCCUGCAAUCAUCUAUGCGGUUCACACCAUAACAACUUUAAUUCCAAUCCUCUAUACGAUUCUCUUUGAGGAUUUCUCUAAAGCCAUUGCUUUCAAGGGACAAAGACCUGAGAAUUUCCGUGAACGACUGACCCUCGUAGGUGUCUAUGCCCCCUAUUUAAUAAUCCCCCUUAUACUCCUCCUGUUCAUGCUUCGGAACCCUUACUACAAGUUUGAGGAGAAAAGAAAGAAAAAAUAAGGGACAGCCACUAGCCUGGUAGGAAAGGAAGAUCCCACAGCACAGUUGCCUUUUGAACAACACAAGUUGCUGCAGCAUUUGAAACACCAACAGCAGUGCAUACGAACAAGAUAGUGGCAAGGGCCAUGCCAAGCCUUCACCUUCCAAGGGCUAAAUAGGCCACCAAGUGACAGCAAAAUGGUGCCAAAGCUCUACUACAGCACUGCUAAGAACCGACAGCUGAGAAGCCGGAUAGCUUCUGACCUAGAGUGCACACACCUAAGUCCUCAACUGGACCUUGAUAGCCAACAAAUGGGAGCAGUGUCUUGUCUCUUUAGCACCUUUAACAUGGUCUCCGGCCCACAUGAGUCCAAGCCAGAAAUGGGUCACAGUGGAAGGAAGGCACCUCCAUUUCUAUCUUGAACAGAUCACCUGGUCUCUGAGUUAUUCUGGCGCUAACUCCAUGAACCGCUCUUCCACACGUCUGUCCCUACUCUGGCAUCUUGCACCACUGGGCUCCACAGUACAUCCAUUUGUCCUUCCCAUGUGUGAGGGUAACUGACUGUCCAGUGAGUGUCGCUGUUUGUUCCACUGGCUCUCCUUACAGAAACAAAGAGCAGCGGGUGCGAGGCAGUGCUGGUUUUGCUCACAAGCCAUAUUGCUGUGGUUAUUACUGUCUGACUUGUGUGUCCAGUCCAAAUAAAGGUAGCUGCUGA